CCCACUGGCGCGCGCCCACGUGACCAGCGGCACUUCCUCAAGCCGCAGCUCGCACGCGUCGCCAAGUCCGUCAUCUUCUGAUUUUCUUGCUGCCUUGAAUGCUGCAUGUCUUCGCCGCUUUUGUCUUUCGUGUCUCCGUUUGUGUUGCGGUGAUGCUCGUGGGAGUGUUGCGCGUGCUCGCGCUGGGCGCCCUGCUCACCUGCGGCGCGAGGCGCGUGCUCGGCGGCGGGGGGCCCGGCAGCAACAUCGUCCUCAUCGUCACCGACGACCAGGACCAAAACCUCGGGGGCAUGACCCCCAUGAAGAAGACCAAAUCUCUGAUCGGAGACGCCGGCGCUACCUUUGUCAACUCGUUCACGGUGACGCCGCUGUGCUGCCCGAGCCGCUGCAGCAUCCUGACGGGUCGCUACCCUCACAAUCACCUAGUGAGGAACAACUCGCUGGCCGGGAACUGCUCCAGCGCGGCCUGGCAGAGCCGAGGCGAGUCGGACGCCUUCCCCGUCUUCCUCAGCAAGAGCGGCUACCAAACCUUCUUUGCCGGGAAGUACCUGAACCAGUACGGCAAGAAGGAAGCGGGCGGCGUCGGCCACGUUCCGCCCGGGUGGGACCAGUGGCACGGCCUGGUGGGCAACUCCCGCUACUACAACUACACCCUGUCCAGAAACGGGGCUGAGGAGAAGCACGGCGACGACUACGCGGACGACUACCUCACCGACCUCAUCGCCAACCGCUCGCUUCAGUUCCUGGACAACCGCAGCCCUCAGCGUCCGUUCUUCCUGAUGCUGGCGCCGCCGGCGCCCCACUCGCCCUGGACCGCCGCCCCGCAGUACCGACGGCGCUUCGCUGACGUCAAAGCGCCCAGGGACGGAAGCUUUGACAAGCCGGCCAAGGACAAGCAUUGGCUGCUGCGCCAGCCCGCCAACCCCAUGGCCAACAGCUCGCUGGCCUUCCUGGACGACGCCUACCGCAAAAGGUGGCAGACGCUGCUGUCGGUGGAUGACCUGGUGGAGACGCUGGUGAGGAAGCUGGAGGAGCUGAAGGAGCUCAACAACACGUACGUCGUCUUCACUUCGGACAACGGCUAUCACACAGGUCAGUUCUCGCUGCCCGUCGACAAGCGUCAGUUGUACGAGUUUGACAUCCGCACGCCGCUGCUGGUGCGCGGCCCCGGCGUGAAAGCCAAGGUCACGCUGAAGGCUCCCGUGUUAAACAUUGAUCUGGCGCCGACCAUUCUGGACAUCGCCGGCAUCAACGCGUCGGCCGCCAACUUGGACGGGCAGUCCUUCCUGCCUCUGAUGGCGCCGUCGUUGCGCGACGGCUCGGCGCGUCCCUUCUUCCUGGUGGAGCACACGGGGGAGGGGCUGUCCAGCGCAGACCCCAGCUGCCCCGAGAUGGGGCCCGGCCUGUCGCAAUGUUUGCCCGACUGCGUGUGCGAGGACUCCUUCAACAAUACCUACGCCUGCGUCAGGACGCUGGACGGACGCGACGACAUGCAGUACUGCGAGUUCGCCGACAGCGAGUCGUUUGUGGAGGUGUACAACCUGAGCUCGGACCCCCACCAGCUGGAGAACAUUGUGAAGAAGGUGGACCCGGCCGUGCUGCAGACCAUGAACCAGCGCCUCAUCAAGCUGCAGUCCUGCCAGGGCGUCGGCUGCCGCGCCCUCUCCACGUGAAGGAGAUGCGGCCAAAGCCGCCAUUUUGAUUAGCACCGGCCACGAGGACUUCCUUCUUUUGUUUGGCCGGCGAAAGGUGCGCUCCACUUCCUGUUUAGUUCCCCAUUGCACCACGAGAUGAAUGAGGCCUUGCGUCGCCGCCGUUAAUCACUCACUCCUUUCCUUUUUGGGUUUGAAUUUGAUCAAUUUGAAUGUUGCUGUGUGUCGCCGUGAGCCCGCUAAGUGAUAGCGAAGAGCCACGUGUAAUUGCCUCACGCGCAAAAGGGAUGCCCUGAAAUGGCACUGCCAGGCAGCAGCCUGACAAAACAAAGCCCCCCCUCCUCCUCCUCUCAUUCCGACUUAGUGGCCUAGGUGCCACCUUUUCGUACACUUUUCACAAAUGACUCCUUGUUGCAAUUUGGAAACCAGGAAUCUCACUUGUGACAGAUGAAAGAUGAACUCUGCAAACUGCGCCAAGUCGCUCAGCCUGUCGACGGCGCAAAAGAGUUUGUCUUUUCAAAUGAUUCAGUCACUUUGGAAAUGAAAUUGCAUAUCCUUUUAAGUGUUUUGCUGCAAGUGUUUGCACUGCCCAAGCCUUCCAUGUGAAUGAUUGCACUGUGACAAAUGAAAAUAAAUCAAAAAUAGUCUUUCUUGAA